UGUUGCAUGAAACUGCCACCAUGUUUCCUGUCAGCUUCACUUCUGGUCAGGACAGGAUACUGUACAGAAACUCCAGACAAACCUGCUCUCCCAACAUGGCUACACCUCUCACCGACCAGGAGAAGCGCAAGCAGAUCAGCAUCAGGGGAAUUGUGGGAGUGGAGAACGUUACAGAGCUGAAGAAGAGCUUCAAUCGACACCUGCACUUCACUCUGGUGAAAGACAGAAAUAUUGCCACUCCCAGGGAUUAUUACUUUGCCCUGGCUCACACUGUAAGAGAUCACCUGGUGGGGAGAUGGAUCAGAACGCAGCAGUUUUACUAUGAAGCAGACCCAAAGAGGGUGUAUUAUCUGUCUCUGGAGUUCUACAUGGGCAGGACGCUCCAGAACACGAUGAUCAACCUGGGGCUGCAGAACGCCUGUGAUGAAGCCAUCUACCAGCUCGGCCUGGACAUUGAGGAGCUGGAGGACAUGGAGGAGGAUGCAGGGCUGGGGAAUGGAGGUCUAGGCAGACUGGCAGCAUGUUUCUUGGAUUCGAUGGCUACCUUGGGUCUUGCAGCGUACGGUUAUGGCAUUCGAUAUGAAUAUGGGAUCUUUAACCAGAAGAUUAGAGAUGGCUGGCAGGUGGAGGAGGCAGAUGAUUGGCUGAGACAUGGAAACCCCUGGGAGAAAGCCCGUCCUGAGUACAUGCUGCCAGUUCACUUCUAUGGACGAGUAGAGGAGACGAAAGAUGGCCCGAAGUGGGUCGAUACUCAGGUGGUGUUGGCGAUGCCUUACGACACACCCAUCCCUGGCUACAUGAACAACACUGUGAAUACCAUGAGGCUUUGGUCUGCUCGUGCCCCCAACGACUUCAACUUGAGGGACUUUAAUGUUGGAGACUACAUCCAGGCUGUUCUGGACAGAAAUCUGGCAGAGAACAUCUCGCGUGUGCUGUACCCCAAUGACAAUUUCUUCGAAGGAAAAGAACUUCUGGAAUUCUUUGUGGUGCCAGCCACACUCCAAGAUAUUAUCCGCCGCUUCAAGACCACUAAGAAGGGCACACCGAGCCGCACCUCCUUCAAGAGCUUCCCAGACAAGGUUGCCAUUCAGCUAAAUGACACUCAUCCGUCCAUGGCCAUCCCCGAGCUGAUGAGAAUCUUUUUGGACAUUGAGAAACUUGACUGGGACACGGCCUGGGACCUCACCAGACGCACCUUUGCCUACACCAACCACACAGUCCUGCCUGAGGCUCUGGAGCGCUGGCCUGUAGAGCUGAUGGAGAAACUCCUGCCCAGACACCUGCAGAUCAUCUACCAGAUCAACCAGGUCCACCUCGAUAGGGUUGCAGCUCUGUAUCCAAACAACAUCGAUAAACUGAGGAAAAUGUCUCUGAUAGAAGAAGAGGGAUGCAAGAGGGUGAACAUGGCUCACCUGUGCAUUGUGGGAUCUCACGCUGUCAACGGAGUUGCUGAGAUACAUUCCAACAUCGUCAAGAAUGAAGUGUUUCGGGAUUUCAGUGAACUAGAACCAAAGAAGUUCCAGAACAAAACCAACGGCAUCACUCCCAGACGGUGGUUGCUGCUCUGCAACCCUGGACUGGCUGAGCUCAUAGCUGAGGUCAUCGGAGAUGAUUAUGUGAAGGACCUCAGCCAGCUUCAGAAGCUGAAUGACUUUGUUGACGAUGCUGCCUUCAUUCGUGAUGUUUCUAAAGUGAAACAGGACAACAAGGUGAAAUUUGCCCACUACCUGGAGAAAGAGUACAGGGUGAAAAUAGACCCAUCCUCCAUGUUUGACGUCCAUGUGAAGAGAAUCCACGAGUACAAGAGGCAGCUCCUCAACUGCCUGCACAUCAUCAUCAUGUACAACCGCAUCAGAAAAAACCCCGGUGGACCUUUUGUACCACGAACAGUGAUCAUCGGCGGAAAGGCUGCUCCAGGAUAUCACAUGGCCAAGUUGAUAGUCAAACUGAUCACCUCAGUGGCUGAUGUAGUGAAUAACGACCCUGUUGUGGGAAACAAGCUGAAGGUCAUCUUCCUGGAGAACUACAGGGUGUCCUUAGCAGAGAAAGUGAUACCUGCCACAGAUCUGUCAGAGCAGAUCUCCACUGCUGGCACUGAGGCUUCAGGAACAGGCAACAUGAAGUUCAUGCUGAAUGGAGCACUGACCAUCGGCACCAUGGAUGGAGCAAACGUGGAGAUGGCCCAGGAGGCUGGAGAGGAGAACCUCUUCAUCUUUGGCAUGAGGGUGGAGGAUGUAGCUGAACUGGAAAAAAAGGGUUAUGAUGCCAUGCUGUACUACAAGACAAUUCCCGAGCUGAAACAAGUAAUGGACCAGAUCACAAGUGGAUUUUUCAGCCCCAAAAAUCCAGACCUUUUCAAAGACCUCACUAACAUGCUCUUCAAACAUGACCGGUUCAAGGUGUUUGCAGACUUUGAAGACUACAUCAAAUGCCAGGAAAGGGUCAGCAAGCUCUAUCAGAAUCCAAAGCAGUGGACAAAGAUGGUGAUCAAGAACAUUGCGGCAACAGGAAAGUUCUCCAGUGACAGGACCAUCACAGAGUAUGCGACUGAGAUUUGGGGCGUCAAGCCGACUGAUCUGAAGAUCCCGCCGCCAAACGAGCCCCGAGAGGCCAUUGAAGAAACAGCUAGAGCUCUGAAGAAAAUGUAAACCGUUUUACAACAGAGGGUUUCCUUUUUGUUUACAAAGUAGCAGCUGUUCCUCUGUAGCUUUUAAGCUUUAACACAUCAUUAACCUUUUCCAGAACCGUUGUCAUUUCAUGAAUCACAUUCACACAUUAUCAUUUUUUAUUAUCAAAGCACUUGCAUCAAAGCUUGUCUGUUACAGUUGUUGAUCACCAACAUGUGCAGUAAAUGUGGAGUCA